AUGAGUUUUACAAGACAGAUAGAUGUGAAUAGUGAAGAUGCAGAGGAUGAGGCACAAGAGGAGGUGAAAGAGGAAGACGAAAUUGAGCUUGCACUAGGCCACACGUCUUUGGCAGAAGCCAUUGAGUACGCUCUAGACAUAGCGUUAAGCGAGCUGGCGCGCCACCUGGGUCUCAAUUACGACGAAAUAGGUGUUCGCGUCACAAAUGCUUUAGUGUCUGAUAUUUCCAAGCGGAUAACAGCGCAGCGGUUGAAGCGGGCAAGUAGAGCUAUGGUCGAUGUGACGCAAGAAGGAGAGCGGUACAAAACGCUCGGAACGAGAAAUUCGGACGCACAGAUACCCUCAUUGAUCAAAAACCUGCCUCCUGAGGACGAUGGCAAUGACGGUAAUCCGCCAUCGCUAUGGAAUUCGACACUCCUCCCGGACGACUGCCGCUGCGAGACCUGA